AUGAAAGACGAUGCCGCUGCGUUUGUUCAAAGAUGCAACGAAUGUCAAAUUCAAGGAAAUCUUAUUCAUGUACCUUCUACUCCUUUACACUCGGUGAGUAGUCCAUGGCCAUUUUACAGUUGGGAACUUGACUUCAUUGGGAAGAUCAACCCGCCAUCAUCAAAACAGCACGAGUAUAUCAUAACCACAACGGAGUAUUUUAACAAGUGGGUUGAAGCCAUUCCUCUACGAGGGACUACUGGAGCAACAAUCGCGGCGUUCAUUAAGGAACACAUCAUUUGUCGAUUUGGCGCUCCUAAACAUAUCAUUACUGAUAAUGGCACUCCUUUCGCCAACAAACAGCUACCAAUGGCAUUGUUGGCGCAUCGGACGGCACCUAGGAGUUCUACUGGCGUUUUCCCUUACUCACUCGUCUGCGGUGCGGACGCGAUUCUCCCGGAAGAGAUUAAGAUUCCGUCAUCCAGGAUUGAAGCAGCAAGUGGGGUCCACUGGAAUGAAGCCGAAGCAUCGAGCUCCAGGAUUGCCGAGUUGGACACCCUAUAUUCCAGGAGAGAUAAAGCAGAGGAACGUACUCAAACAUACAGAAGCAUGAUCUCCAGAGCGUACGACAAAGCUGUAAACCCUCGAGUUUUCAAAGUGGGAGAUUUAGUUUUGAAGACUGCCAAGCACAUUCAGCAAGAGAUGUCCACAUCAAAAUUCUCUUCAAAAAGGGAAGGUCCCUAUGUGAUCACCAAGGUUUACAACACUGGCUACUACAAGAUCAUUAAAGAGGAUGGAGGUAAAUUGGAAGCAGUCAUCAAUGGAAAAUGGAUCAAGGAAUUCUACGCCUGA